CCCGUAUAAAGUUCAUAGUGAAGAGUAGCGCACAUUUCGUGAAUAAAAAGUUACAUCCAAUAGUUUGACAUUACUUUCUAGGAGGAGGUAAUUACCCAAGGUAAUCGUACGUUGCAGGAACCAAACACCUCCUUGAGGUAGUCUUACAUCCCUGUAAUCUCACGUUACUAUUAAUCCUAUAUUCCUAUUAGCUAAUGUAAUCGUACAUUCGCGAACCAGAUGUCCCCUUAUCACCUUAUGUCUUUCUAUAUUACAACUUCAUUCUCUAUUGUACUUUCAGUUCCACCAGGUGAUGAACCCUGGCUAUGCCCUGGAUGUGUCUGCAAAUUGGAUUGCUUUGUCUUACUCAAUAAUCUCGAAGGAACAAACCUUUCUCUUAGAGACAGCUGGGAGGUCAACCCUUCAUCUUCUCUAUGUUGCCAUUUUUCCAUUGCCAAGUGCUCACCAUGCUAUUUUGGUGUGUUUGUGUAUUCAGAAGGUGUUUCCUGGGGAGGCAGCCAGUGCCACUACAGGGAAUAAGUUGGAUGAUAUUUCUGGAUUACCAUUAGAUGAUUCUGAGGAUGAUGACUACAACCCUGCUACUAAUCCGGAAGUAGAUCAAAAUUCUUCACAGGAGGACAAAUCUACCUCUUCUGAUGAAAGUGACUAUUUUUCUGCAUCUGAUGAUUUUGAAGCACCACCAGCACUUGAUAAUCUGGAAGUGACGGGGCUUCCUUCAGAUGAUUCCGAAGAUGAGGAUUAUGAUCCAAGUGCUCCGGGCCAUGAUAAUGAUCAGGAGAUGCAGGAAAGAUCGAGUUCAGAUCUUACCUCUGAUUCUGAGGAUGUUGGUGGGUCCCCUGGCCAACACCAACUUGAAAACAUUGAAAUCGGUGGUGGAGCAGGGGAAUGUUCACCUAAGGAUGAAGCACCACACCUACAGUCAAACGAUGAACUUGCAUAUGGAGAUAGACACCCUAAGGAUGACAAAAAGUUGCAUGAUUGUCAAAAUUUGUUUCCUUGGAUGAAGUCCGGGUGAUGUUGUUGCUUAUUUUGCUAUAUAUUAUACAUCGUCGUUUGAAGGGGAUGUGUAGAAGUAUCUCUUCCAGUUCUGGUGAUAAAGGAUGUGACAGUAUUUCUCCAAGAAGAAAGAGUAGAAGUCCUAAAGCUGCUCAAAAGUCAUCUGAUCAGACUGAAAGUAGAGAAAUGUGUACUAAUUUCAGCCAAAUCAAAAAACAAAAUGCAUGCAAAAGAGAGAAGACGUGGAAAGAGGCCGAAAGUUGAAGGUUUGGUGACGUCUGAGCAAGAGUCAAGUAGUAAGAGGAUUGGUAAAUCAAAAUAUGGAGAAGAUGCAAUCAAGAGGCUCUUUGAAUGCUUCAAGGAAAAUCAAUACCCAAAUCGUGUUCUCAAGGAAAACUUAGUUGCAGAAUUAGGAUUGACAAUCCAGCAGGUUCAAUAAUAUUCUCCUAUCUGCUAGGCUAUGAUACAUGGGUACUUUUAUUGCUUUCAAUUUCUUCUAUCUAUCUAACUAUCUAUGGAACCAAAGAUUCGUUAUUUUUUGGCUUGAGAUUAUGAUGGAAUAAAGCAAAACGGCUCACUAAACUGUCUGCGCUUCUUUGUUAUGGAGCAACAGUCAGUCCAUGCAAUUUUGGACGCGAUUUUCACUAUGAAUCAUCUUUAGCACAGAGGUAAGACUGCGUACAUCCGACCCCCCUUACCCCACCGUAGGUGGGAGCCUUUGCGACACUAGGGUAAAUGAAAAUGAUGAUGAAAAAAUGAUCUAGAUACGGAGUACUAUUAAAGGAUCCAUUUAGAACUUGGAAUAUGCCAGAUAAAGAAAAUAUAAACAAAAAAUAGGGGAAAAUGCUACUACCCUUCGUCCCAUAUUGGAUGAAUGGAUGUCCUAUUUUAAUUUGGUAUGAUUACUAAUAAAGUAGUUGAAAAGUAAAAGUUGUGGUUGAGAUUUGAAAUGAUAAGGACCACAUAUAUCUUGCCAAGAAAUGUAACUGCACAUUCAUUUUGGGACAACCCAAAAAAGAAAGUAAGACAACUAAAAUAGGAAAGAGGGAGUAUUAAAUAUAUUUUUCUGCUAUUUUCAUUUGAAAGCUUUUUCAAAAAUUUGAUUUUUACUUUGAAAAUUGUCAAGUUCCUUCAAAACGGGCUCAAAAAAGGUGUUUGUCGUGGAUGACCCCAGAGGUGUUGUUUCUCCCUUCCCCAAACUAUUAAAAUACAAAAGGCAUCACUAGAGGCUAGUGGUUUAGACUGGUUCCUAGGUUUGGGAAGAAAGGAAAUAAAAUUGAUCUGAAUGCAUUCUAUCUACCAGUUUUACAGAAAUUUUUGUUGGCUAAUGGAAUACCACUAUAAACACACUUUGUGUGCGUUUAUCUAUUCCAUUCCUGUAAACCUUAAGACCAUUCAGGAGUUUGAAAUAGUGCAUCCGUCCAAUAUAUUUGCCGAUUAUAAAUUUUAUGUAAUAGAGUCAUUUUUCUCAUAAUUAAUUGGGUUGAUAACAAAGAAUCCCUUUUCACAACAAAAAAACAACAAACAAUCCUAAAUGGUUUGGGUAACUGGAACAGUCUGUUAGGUUUCCCCCAUCUCUAACCAUUCUAUUUCCUUGUUGUAUCUUUUCCUUUUUGUCUUCUCUUUUUGUUAUUUUGUUUUUUCAUCUGUAUACUAAAAUACUGAACCCUUUUCUUGAUGACCAUUUUCUAAAAAGUUGUUUCAUUUGACCCAGACAUGGGACAGAAAGCAAGGUUUUUCCGUCAUUCUGUCAAAAGGAGGGAGUGCACAUUUGCUUUAAAAAGUUCCUAAAUAUAAAGACAUGGAAUCUAAAGAUACUUGAAACUAAAAACAUUGAUCAUAUUUCAUUAUCCUUUUGGUUUUAAAAGGAAAAACCAAACACAAGAAAAUAUAUUUUUUCAUUAUCCCUCCCUGCAUUUUAUGGGAUUUAAACAUUCCCUAAAUAAAUCUGGAAUUAAAUAAAAAUGGCUUAUUUGUGUGUUGUGACCCGUGCCGGUGCAAGACUUGGCCCCUAGUUUUUUGUAUUCUUUAAAUUUUGGCGUUUUUUUGUUCGAUUAAAUAUGUAUUACCUUUAGAUUAUGCAUGGUGACAGUUAAUAAAUGGUUUGAAAAUGCUCGCUGGAGCUUUCACCACUCAUCAACAAAUCAAGCUAGGAAUCAAACAUAACUGAAGUUGUAUUCUCACACCCCCCCUCCCAGAAGCAAAGAUGCCAGCUGUAUAUUGUCAAAGGACACUUCUUGCAAUGAGUGGGUAAUACCUGGAACAACUGCCAACUUGUCUCAGUUAAAGUGGAAAAGAUGAUGAGAUGUUAGCGGUUGAAGAAGUCUCCGAGGCAGACGUGCUGCAACAUCAGAUGCAAGUUGAUAGCCUAACUCUCUCAUUAGGCAUCAGAUUAGUGGCAACCUUGCCUUUGAUUUACAAGGACAGCCGCCACUAAAGCUUCAGGUUUGCUCAACGUCUUUCCCUAGGCAAGGUGGUAAUGUUAUCCUGAACUUUGGCUAUAAGCCUGCAAGUACCAUUGGCUCUGGUAAGGAACCUUGUCUAAUCGCCAUUCGUAAGAGCAUGACUAUUACUUGGGCUGUUGGGUGGCCAACAUUUUUUAUUUGAUGUUGUAACGUGUAACUUGAUAUUCUGUUUCCUUUGUUUUCUUUUUGAAUAUGAUUUGUAUGUACUAUGUUGACCUGAAGUCAUUGUUCCAUUAACAAUUUGGUUUUCCGCAAAUUGGUUUUGUUUCUGCUGUUAAA